UAUACAUUAUCAGCAAAAGCAAAGCAGGCAGCCUAGCGAGAGACGGCGACGCCGACGGGGAAGUUGAGGGUUUAACUUUGCGAUAGAUCUGAGGGGACUGACCGGAGAGACAUGGGGAGCGGCAGAGGAGGAAGCGGCGCCACCACCGCCACCACCGCCACCAGCACCAAAACUAACAACGGUAAUAAGAGUGUUAACAAUGGUGGUGCGGGAGGGUUGCAGUCGAUUCCGUCGGGGUCUCGGAAAAUAGUGCAGAGUUUAAAGGAGAUUGUUAACUGCCCUGAAGCUGAGAUCUACGCUAUGCUUAAAGAAUGUAAUAUGGACCCUAAUGAAGCCGUUAACAAACUCCUCUCUCAAGAUCCUUUCCACGAGGUCAAGAGCAAAAGAGAGAAGAAGAAAGAGGGUAAGGAUACGUCUGAAUCUAGGCCACGAGGUACAAGUAGCACUUCAAACCGUGGCAGGAUUGGUACAGACCGAUAUCCCAGCCGUGGUGGGAGUUCUGCUGAAUCUGGUGCUUUGCAUGGUAGACCUGCACACAAGAAGGAAAAUGGUCCUAAUGCUUACGCAAGUUCUUUAUCUUCAACAUCUGCAGUGGCAGGAAAUAGCACAAGUAGGCGGCCUACGUCCUAUAGCAGUGAUGCUGCUGCUGCUGCUGCUGCUGCCAGUGCCACUGCCACUGAAGUUAAAGGGCCAGCCUUAGGUAUGCUUGAUAGUGCCUCAUUAGUCUCACAACCAUCUGGAUAUCAACCUACCUGGGUGGGAGCUCCUGGUCAAAUAUCAAUGGCAGACAUUGUGAAGAUGGGUAAGCCACAGAGCAAAGCAUCAAGUACAUCUCAUAAUGUUAAUCACCAGCAUAUUCAGGGGUCAUCAUCCACUGCAUAUCAAAAUUUGCGGUUCCCUGAAGAUCAUGCUUCCAAAGUUCCAGUGGAACACCUUGAGCCAGAUGUUUCUUCUGCUCAGCAUGCUUCCAUGGAUGAUGAGUGGCCUUCAAUUGAGCAGCCAGUACCUACUAGUCUGCCAUCUGUUUCUAAGCCUCUUGUAGAUCAUGAGCUGCAUCCAGAUUCUUCCAACUUACCCUUUGAUACGAUCAAUAUAGACUCGGGAGCAGAUGAGGUUCAGGCAAUUGAGGAUGGCAGUGUUGAAGAUCAUGAAGCAAACCAUGUUGGGCUUCCUACCAUCUCCAGUAGAAAGCUCCAGGAGGAUAAUUCUGGGAGUGCAUCUCUUUUUGAUAAUGAUUUGUACAGAAACAGGGGUUCCUAUCAACCUCAAAAUCACACUUAUGAUCUUCAGGGAGUUGAGGAUGGUGGUAUGUCAGUGUCCUCGGUGACGGCUAACUUGCAGGAAUUAAGUUUGCAAAAGGAGGACCGAGAGUUGACAGUUGAGAGAGAUGGCCCUUCUGUGGUAAUUCCUGAUCACCUCCAAGUUCAGUCUGCAGAUUGCUCGCACUUGAGCUUUGGGAGCUUCGGAUCUGGCAUCGGUGCUUCUUUUUCUGGGCCUUCGGCAUCGAUACCUGUGAAAACUAAUUUGGAAGAGGCUCCUACAGAGGCAGAUGGUUCAUCUGUUGGGCACACAGAAACUAGAAACUCUGAGUAUUAUGGUGAUGAGUCGCUGAGAAAUGCCUCAGAUGGUAAUUUGUUCCAUAGAACUGGUGCAAGUACUGGGAGUUAUGAUUCAUCUUCUGCUUCACAACCUGAACCGUUAAAAGUUGAAAGUCUUGAUGUUGAGCGUGGAAAUCAGUAUGCCUUCCCUUCAUCUACACCUGGCUAUAGUUUUGAAAAUCCCCAACAGUUGAACAUUGGAUUCAGUGAAUCUCAGACAAGCUCCCAGAUGCAAAAUCUUUCUCCCUUUGCAAAUGUGAUGCCAUCAUAUACGAAUUCGUUGCCAAACACGCUUCUGGCAGCAAGUGUUCCUUCAGGUAGAGAAUCUGAUCUUCCAUACCCAUUUCCUGUGACACAAUCGAUGGGUACAAAGUAUGGAAAUUCAGUAUCUUCCAUUGGUGGUCCGUCCAUAUCCAUGGCUGAGGCAGUAAAGAAUGUUGGUUUUUCAUCAACGCAGCUGACACCGCAAACAAUAUCUGGAACUAGUGUUGCUACAGGACCUGCUCUUCCUCAACACCUUGCUGCACAUCCAUAUUCCCAGCCUACUCUUCCAUUGGGACCCUUUGCCAACAUGAUUGGCUACCCAUUCUUGCCUCAGAGCUAUGCAUACAUGCCUUCUUUCCAACAAGCAUUUGCUGGCAACAGCACAUACCAUCAGUCUCUAGCAGCAGUACUUCCUCAGUAUAAGAACAGUGUCUCUGUCAGCAGUUUGCCUCAAUCAGCUGCUGUUGCUUCUGGCUAUGGUGCCUUUGGGAGUUCAACAACUGUUCCUGGAAACUUCACAAUGAAUCAGCCUGCUGCCCCUUCUGGCACAAAUUUAGGCUAUGAUGAUGUUUUGAGUGCUCAGUACAAGGAUAGUAAUCAUUUAAUCUCUCUUCAGCAGAGUGACAGCUCAGGUAUGUGGCUGCAUGGACCUGGUUCUAGAACAAUGUCCGCUGUUCCUGCUAGCACAUAUUACAGUUUUCAGGGACAAAAUCAACAACCAGGUGGAUUUAGGCAAGGUCAGCAGCCAUCACAGAAUUAUGGAUCUCUUGGAUACCCCAACUUUUACCAUUCUCAGACUGGGAUGUCACUAGACCAUCAACAACAAAAUCCUAGAGAUGGUUCCCUUGGCGGCUCCCAAGGCCAACCUAAGCAGUCCCAACAGAUAUGGCAAAACAGUUACUGAUCUGCUUACCUCAUGGUUUGUCAGGGUCUCAUAACGAGUGUGAAAAUGGUCUUUCUAGUGGUCAUGCAGAUGAAUGAAUUCAGAUCAUGAUAUCCCCUGAAACAGGACAUGAAUGGCAGCUGCUCCAUGCCCUUGAGGUUGUAUUUUACAUAUCUAUCAUCAGCCAAUGUAACGUAGGAAAACAUGCUAAUUUGGUGUUAGUGGACCCCUGUCAUCCACGUCGCCUGCUUAUGUGAUCUUUUUUCUUCUUCUUUUUUUUUUUUUUUUUUCCUUAUCGUAAUUUUAUCCCUCGCUAUGAGCAGAAUAUGGUUUCUGUUUGCUCGAGUGACUUUUGGUGUUAAUGAUAGCCUGAUUGCCUAACCGUUUUAACCCAUGUACUAGCUACUAAUUGAACUUAAUAUCAAGCCUUCCUUUCUAUUGGAAGGCUGUAAUGCUCUUGUAGAUGGUGUGGUUUAUAGUUUGCCUGUGAUUUUCAAUUGA